CUGCCAUUAGAAUUUAGAAGACAGGAAUUAGGGUUUCAUUGUGAAGCAAGUGCUGCGGCUCUCGUGUUGGAUCAGCGACAGCGAAAAUGCCAUCUCACAAGACGUUCAGGAUCAAGAAGAAGCUUGCCAAGAAGAUGAGGCAGAACAGGCCCAUCCCUUAUUGGAUCCGUAUGCGCACUGACAACACCAUCAGGUAUAAUGCUAAGCGUAGGCACUGGCGCCGCACCAAACUCGGAUUUUAAUGUGGAUGAACAACCUCUUCCCGAAAUUCUAGGUUAUUAGCGUAAUCCUAAGAUUGAAAGAUUGUAACUUUGAUCCAUUUUCUGGUCUCAAAGGGAUGAAUAUUAGGAUGAGUGUUUUCCCCCUCGUUUAUUUCUCACUUCACAGUAACUUUUUAUUUUUAUUUUAUUAUUAAUGUGAAACAGUGAUGGAGGUUUUCAUGUGU